AUGGCCAAGGCCGAACCGGCGCCAACGGCAGUGCCGGCAGCGGCGCCCGCUGAGCCUCAGGUUGCUGCCAGGGCGGUAACCAGGCUUCAGUACGCCAUUGGCGCGGUGGCCAACGAGUCCAAUCGGCCCUGGGCUGGCAGCCGCCAGGCCUACGUUCUGUAUGACCCCAUACUGGAACAGGCCAUUGGAAUCGAUGGCAAGACCAGUCAGUACGUUCCCGAACUGGCCACCAAGUGGGAAGCCAAUGAUGACCUGAGCGAGUGGACUUUCUGGAUUCGCGAGGGAGUCCAGUUCCACAACGAUUGGGGAGAAUUGACUUCAAAAGACUUUCUGCACACUUCAGAAAUUCUUACCCGGGAAGAUUCCCGGCUGGGUACCGGCCGGUUCUUUACCGGUCGUACCGACCUGGUCGGCUCAGACCAGUUCUUCCAGAUCAUCGACGACUAUACCUUUACCGUGGUUUUCCACGAGGGAGGUGAGCCCACCACCACCUUCGACGCUGAAUUCAUCAUGAGCAACGCCUCGUCGGAGAUGGGGCCGUGGAGCGUUGAUUUCUGGGAGUCGGUCGGCGGCAGCGGGAGUAUUUAUGGCUGCGCCGCGGAGGACGCUGCCUGCCAGGCGAAUCUCGAGGCCAGGGAAAGGAACCUGGACGAGCAUGGAAUGCAGGGUACGGCAUCCUACCAGUACCUGGAACUGGUGCCCGCCGAAUCUUUCAUCAUCGAGAAAACUCCGGGCCGACACUGGAGCCAGGACGCUGACGACGUUCCAGCGGAAGAUCCUGACUUCCAGGAAGUACGGAUUCACUGGGUGCGUGAGGAUGCCAGUCGCCAUGCCGCCCUGCUGGCCGGUGAAACUCACAUGGCCGACUUGCCUCUGGACCUGCAGAAGGAUGCGUCGAACAGGGGAAUGAAGCUGAUUCGCUCCCAGUUCACUGCCAACAACUUCUUCGUGUUCUUCGGCGGUAUGUACUUGGGAGACCACCCCGACGAUGUGGCCGCAUUCGACAAUACGGUACCCUGGGCCAACCAGGAGCACGGCAUCCUGAUCCGGGAGGCUAUGAACAAGGCCAUCAAUCGGGAGGAACUGCUGGAACAGCUCUAUAAGGGCAUCGGCGAACUGAUGUACGUCGGCUAUUACCACCCCAGCCACUACGGUUGGGACGACUCCUGGCCCGAACGGUACGAAACCAAGUACAAGUAUGACCCCGAACGGGCGAUGGAACUGAUGGCCGAGGCCGGCUACAGUGAGUCCAACCCUGUAAGGGUAACGGUCCAGUCGUACGUCUCACCGGGUGAGUCGGAAAUGCCCCAGGCCAUGGAAGCCAUCGCCAACUACUGGCAGCAGGUGGGCAUUGAGGUGGAGAUUGAGGACCUGGAUGGCGCCACCGUGCGGCAGCGCUACCGCGGCCGUGAGAUGCAGCACCGGGUGUGGCCCAACAUCAUCAUCUACUUCCCCUUGGAAUACGGCGUGACCAACCUGCUAAGCAACCUUGGUUCGGGCAACGCCUAUAAGGACAAUUGGACCAAUGAAAUGGCUUCGCAGUGGCGGGCCACCACGGACGACGACCAGCGGGACCGGAUUGCUCGAGAGUUUGGCAACUAUGCCUUCGAGAACUAUGUCAAUUUGCCGCUGUUCUGGUUCCCCCACACCGUUGCGGUGGACCCGACAGUGGUGAAGGACUGGGUCUACCCGGGCAGCACCGUUCCUCGGGGCGGCCACCUGCACAACGUCAAGGCCGCUGCCAAGUAA